GAAGAAGAAGAGGAAGAGCUACAAUCAGUAUUACCAUACUAUUAUCAACCACUCCGUUUUUAGCUUUUUCCAAAGUGCACAAGUGCGUGUUUUCCUGUGCUUUUGUAUAUCAGGAACCCUGGCCAUCUCAUCGACAUGGUAAUGGCCAUUGGACGACAAAGAAGAAGAAGAAGCACAAUCUACACAAUCAUUCCAAUUUCAUUCCAAUGAAGACACCUUUAUGGCAACGGCACAGAAACGUACAUUUUACAGGGACCUACGAUCGACAAUAGCCCGGAGAGCGAAAGUAAUCAAUACAUACUGUACGCCCGUUUUUCUCAUACCCCUGCUUACGAAAGGAACCAAAGAAGCGAAAUGCGCAUACGGCCUUUUUCUGAUGUUCAACUCCUGGGUGUUCGAGACCAUCCCGGCACCCAUGACGUCUUCGCUGCCCUUCGUGCUGCUUCCACUCCUGGACAUAAUGGCACCCGACGACGUCGCCCUUCAAUACCUUAAUGACACCUUCCUAUUCGUCUUAUCCGUAAUGCUGAUAGCAAUGGCCAUAGAAGCCACGAAUCUCUACAACCGGAUCUCUCUGACAAUGCUAAGCCGCCUCGGGACCGGAGUGAAGAGUGUCUUCACCGGAGUAGUUGUCCUAUCUUGUAUGACAACGCUGGUGCUUACGAGCUCCACAGCCACACUGGUUGUGUUCCCUAUCGUUGAGUCCACCAUCGCCGAGAUAGAGUGCGAUAACCUUACCAGUGCGAAGAGAAAGCGCAUGCGUCGGAAAGCGUCCGUACAGGCACGUUUGAGCGCUCGCAUGGACGAUGAGGGCUCUGCAGCGGUCCUUCCUUCCGCAACAAAUGUUCCCACCCAGGACAGCAAGGCUGCCGCGAGCGAACGUCGACCAUCUCGGAAAUUGUCUAUUGCAGCUAUCGAGCAUCUGGAUGCCGGUGUUUAUGGGCUCGCUAGACGCGUCAGCGUCAUCAGUGAAGACUUUGCAAGCAAGUUCGAGCGCGAGUUCAAAAAGUACCAGCACAUCAAGGAGACAUUGUUGCUAUCUGUCGUCUACUGCACGACACUCGGGAGCAUCGGUUCACUGUACGCCAAUUCUUCAAGCAGAAUAUUGUUUCGUUACUUGGAAGAAAGGUAUUCCUACAAGAGCCUCUCCUUCUUGACUUGGCUGUGUUUGUGUGCUCCUGUGUCUGCGGCCAGCGUUUUUACAUGCUGGAUUGUCAUCUUCGACCUCUUUCUGAAGGAAUAUGACUGUGCCGUUGACGAGGAGACCAGGGAGAACAUUGAAGCAAUUUUGGAAGAAAAAUAUCGCUUCCUCGGUUCUGUAACAAAAUCUGAGAUCUUUGUGGUUGCUGUCACCAUAUUGCUGUUCACGGCUGUGCUGCUCAUCCAGUCUUCAUCGGCCGGUCUUUUCGGAUGGCGAGAUGCCACUUCGGUCCUCUUCGCGAACGACACUACUUGUGUCUUCGUAGUCGUGCUGCUGUUUUUCGCACUUCCUCAGAACCCGAAGAACGAUUUGUUUGAGGACACCUUCCUGGAAUGGGCUUUAGUUCAGCAGAAGAUCCCUUGGAGUAUCUUUCUCACGUACGGAGGCGGCCUUUGCAUGGCAACGGCUUUCCAGAAGUCUGGUCUUGCCUUGUUGGUGACUGAUGGCCUAGCGUUCAUGAAAGGUUGGAACCCAAUCAUCGUACAGUUCGUGUUAAUGCUUGUCACUUCAUUGCUGACGGAGGUGAAUAACGAUGCGGCAACAGCGACGGUAUUAAUUCCCAUUGCUUGCGAUUUGGCUGACUCGUCGCACGUGAACCCUCUAUAUUACACUUUUCCGGUGACAGCAGCAAGCUGCACCGGGAUGCUGCUGCCUGUAGCAUCGGUACCGAUGGCACUGGCCUAUGGAACGCUUGAGAAUUACCAGAAAUGCAAAAUGGUGGGCUGCGACAAGAAGGACAUUCGAAAUUUCGCCUCAACAAUCUGAGAACACCAAGAGGUGGGGUGCGACAAGAAGAGCAUUCAAAAUUUGGCCUCAACAAUAAGAAAACACCAAGAUAUUAGCCUUACUUUUUUUUUUUCAUUUUCAGUGAAGAAAUAAGUGAUCCAUUUGAGCUGAAAUGAACCACACAUUCUCAGUAUAAGGUGCUCUUUAUUCUGCAGGUGGGGUGCGUCAAGAAGGGCAUUCAAAAUUUGGCCUCAAUAAUCAGAAAACACCAAGAGCAUAAUGUAAAAACACCGAGACUAGGGAACAC